AUGGGGAACUUAAACCCUGCUAACACCAACACUAACCCUCUAGGCUAUGAUCCUGAAAGUUUUCUCGCUUCCCUCCAAAACCUCAGUUUGAACCAAAACAACAGCUUAGGUUCUAAUGCAGCAGCAGCAGCAGCAGCAUGGUUGCGUUCAAGAACUCGGCCUUCUUCUUCUUCUUCCUCUUCUUCUUUUUCCAAUAAUUUGAUAGGCAAUAAUCUAUCUUAUCCAGGGAGCGUUUAUGGUGGACUUGUUUCUUCAUCUGCAUGGAAUCCGUCUUUUAGAAUAAGAUCACAAGAUGGUAGUAGUAACAUGGUUGUGGAUGAUUAUCAUAAUUCAUUAUUUUACAUGGGUGGGAAUCAAAUAAUGGAGAAUUAUCCUCCUUCUCUUCGUUCUCCUCGAGCUGGAGGGAUGAUGAGUUUGAACAGCAGCCUGCAGUUUGAUUGUCCAUGGGACAUAUAUGCCACACAACCUGUACAUUGUAGUAGUUUCUUCACCACCACAAGGACAAUGCCAGGAAAUAAUUGUAAUAAUUUUAAUGUGGAAACUGCUACAACCCGGGAUGGUUCUCUUUCUUGGCAGAAGAUUCUGAAAGAGGGCGAUCCUGUUGAAAGGCAAGGGAUUUUGGAUGCCAUUAUUGGUAAUGGCAUUGUUUUUGAGGUGAUGGGUAAUGAAUAUGGGCACCAUUUGUUUCAGAGGCUUCUUGAUUUUUGCGAUUCCACACAGCUUCAGUCCAUCGUCUAUACAUUGGCUUCUAGGGAGGACUUGUUCAUAGAUGUAGCUCUUCACAGACACGGUUCAACUGCAGUCCAGGCAUUGAUCAAGAAACUGAAAAACUCAGAUUUUGGCUUCACCAUUACAUCAAUUCUUUCCCGUAGGUUUCUUGAACUGAUGAUGGAUGAACGCGGGCGAUAUGUUGUGCAGCAGUGCUUUAAUACCUUCAAACCCAGGGAGAAUGAGGUGUUGUAUGAUGCUGCGGUGCGCUACUUCAGAGAAUUAGCCACUUCUCAACAUGGAUGUGCAUCCUUGAAUGCUUGCCUGAGUUGCAUUGGUGGGGCACAGAGGGCAAAACUUCUCACCCAGAUCUCAGAACAUUCAGAUUUCCUCUCCAAUCAUCCUUGGGGGCACUAUGUGGUGCAGCAUGUUCUAAUGCUUAAGGAUGAAAAUUUCACCCGAAUCAUCUGCAUCCGCCUCGAGGGUCUGUACAUACACUUAGCUCACAGAAAGGGUGGCAGCCAUGUUGUGGAGAAGUGCAUAAUAUCAUCAGAAUUUGGAAUGAGAUCUGUGGUUGGGGCUUUUUUGAAGAGUGAAAAGCCAUUCUUACAACUUGCAUCUGAUCAGUUUGGAAAUUAUGUUGUCCAGACAGCCUUAGAAGUUACAAAGCAACAUGAUGUGGAGCUUUACAGGUCUCUUGUCAUGGUUCUCAAUAAGCGAAAUGUACUUCUUUCGCGUAAUGUCAUCCGGAGACAUAUAGUCGAUAAGAUCAAGGAGUUGGAAAGCCAGCAGUGUUGA